CAGCCUACUGCUGCUGUUCACCUGCAUCUUCAUUAGCGUAUUUAUAAUGUGUAUAUAAUCAACUUUCAUUUUUACUCAUCUCUGUUCCAUUCAUCUUGCAUACAUACAGCUGGAGAUCACAUGGAGAGCACAUGACAAUGUACAAUGCUGUAAUGUUUUAAAUAAACAAUAGUACUAAAUAGUGCUAUAGAGUUUAAGGAUUGUAUUUAAAUUUGUACAGGAUAAUGUCUGUUCCAAUAACUUGAGAAUUAUGCUGGAUGUUUCUGUGCAAAACAUUUCAUUCACCCAGUUUAAACUGAAUGGUUUUUAUGCUUUGGGAGAAUGGAGACGUUUACUGUUCAUUCCCUAUUUUCUAAUGUUUGUAUUGGCUAUCCUAGCAAAUUCUGUGCUGCUGUAUGUAAUAAUAGCAAACAGGGCUCUGCAUUCUCCCAUGUUUGUACUGAUUGGACUUAUGGCAGUUGUGGAUUUGGGUGCACCAGUGUUUUUUGUGCCACAUAUGUUACUCAGCUUCUUAUUUAACUGGAAUGGGAUUUCUCUUACAGGUUGUUUGAUACAGAUGUUUUGCAUUCAUUAUUCUGGAUCAAGCCAGUCUACUCUGUUGUUAUGUAUGGCCCUGGAUCGCUACUUUGCGAUAUGUAGACCUUUGCUUUAUCAUGAGCACAUGGAACUCUCCAACAUUUUAAAAUACAUGAUCAUGCCAUUAAUCAGAAAUGUCGUCUUAAUAACCACAAUAAUCUGCCUAGCUGGAAGACUCUCUUACUGUUCAACAGAUGUUAUAGAUCACUGUUUUUGUGAACAUAUGGCAUUGGUAAACGUGGCAUGUGGUGACACUUCUAUCAACAACUUGGUAGGACUUUUGUCUGCUUUCAUAGUAAUAACUUUAGAUUUUCUUUUAAUAAUUUUUUCCUACAUAAUAAUAUUUACCUCUGUUCUAAAAUCUGGCAAGGCUAAUUAUAAGGCUUUAAAUACUUGCAUUACUCAUAUAAUUGUCAUCACAUUUAGUUUAAUUUUUGCCUUAAUGGCUUUUAUGUCCUACAGACUUAAAAGUAAUUUGUCUUCAAACAGCCACGUAUUUUUGAGCACAAUGUACUUAUUGUUUCCAAGCUGCUGCAAUCCAAUUAUUUAUGGACUGAGAACAAAAGAAAUAAGACACCACAUUUUGAAAUUGAUAAAACACAAAAAAACUGUGCCUUUCUAACAUCAUUAUGUUUAGUUUUCUGCAAUGUGAUUUAUUUAACAAAUCAUUUUUAAUUGUUACUGCUUAUAUUUGUAUUGUAUUGAUGCAAUGUAACACAAAAUGUACCAGAUUAGCUGUGGUAUGUAAAACUUCAACAUUUUAUAUUUAGUAUAUCAAUUUUGUAAUUUAUAAUUUUAGGGUAAAAAGAAGGAAAUGCCAGACUUAUAAGAAUGUGUUAAACUAAAAUUAUUGUUAGGACAGGCCAGGUGAUGCAAUGUUCUUAAAAAAAAAACUUUCAUAGAUAUCUAAUCAAAAUGAUGCUAAAAGAAACUAUUGUGUGACCUUCAGGAAGUUUUUAUCAAGUUAUCCUUUAUUUUAGUAGCUAUUCACUAUCACAGAAAUUAUGACUGGGGUGCCCAAACUUCAACAUGAUAUUGUAGUUAGUAAUAAAACAUAUGCUGUGCUGUCUUAUGUCAGAGAACUAAUAUUGUAAUGCGUUUUAUUUAAAAAAUUUCUUUGUACAUUAAAGA